AUGCAAAUAACAUCCAAAAUGCCAAAAAACGCAAAGCAGUACUACAAUAUAAUUAGCAAUAUAACAAAUAAUAGACUUAGAAAAGAAAUUAAAGAGCCUAUUAGAAAAGGUGUUAGAAAAAUCAAUAGCACAAAGUUUACAAAGAGUUGA